CAGGGCACAAUCAUCUCCGGGGUCUCGAUUCAACCCCGCCCGCCUCCUCCUCCUUUCUCUCUCUCUCUCUCUCUCUUCCUUUCGCGGUCAUUCCGAUCACGUUGGUUUGAUCAAUGAAAUAAGAAAAAAACGGUGUACUUUUGAUGAUGAGUGGGAAUCCAUCAUAACAAAGGCAUCUUUUGGAGCAUAGACAGAUUUGACAAUGACUGUCAUGCUUCACCGUUAACUGAUCCCAGAGAGGAGGAGAGGUAGAGACGCCGGGAACUUUGUAGCCGAUCCGUAGGUCGAAAACACCCAUUGUGGUUUGUCAUUGAGGUCGAAACUUCUCCGCGGCAUUGGCUGCAGGUCUAUAUACAGUGAAGUGUAAGUGCAUCAUAGGGAGAAAAUGCAGGGAGCUGUUUUGGUCGCCAUUGCUGCUGCAAUUGGCAAUAUGUUACAGGGAUGGGAUAAUGCUACCAUAGCAGGUGCUGUUCUUUACAUAAAGAGGGAAUUUAAGUUGGAGGGCCAGCCUACUAUUGAGGGACUAAUUGUGGCCAUGUCACUUAUUGGUGCCACUGUCAUUACAACAUUCUCAGGAGCAGUGUCAGAUUGGAUUGGUAGACGGCCCAUGUUAAUUAUCUCAUCGGUGCUCUACUUUAUUAGUGGUCUGAUAAUGUUUUGGUCUCCAAAUGUAUAUAUGCUGCUCUUGGCAAGGCUUAUAGAUGGAUUUGGAAUUGGUUUGGCAGUCACACUAGUUCCAGUGUACAUAUCUGAGACGGCCCCAUCUGAGAUAAGGGGUUUGUUAAAUACUCUUCCACAGUUCACGGGCUCUGGAGGAAUGUUUCUUUCAUAUUGCAUGGUUUUUGCAAUGUCAUUAAAUAUCCGACCUGACUGGCGAUUGAUGCUUGGAGUUCUCUCUGUUCCUUCUCUUUUAUAUUUUGUGCUGACUGUAUUCUUCCUGCCUGAAUCACCGAGAUGGCUUGUUAGCAAAGGGCGAAUGAAGGAGGCCAAACAAGUUUUACAGAGGUUACGUGGAAGAGAAGAUGUCUCAGGAGAAAUGGCUCUUCUUGUUGAAGGUUUAAGAGUAAGUACAGAUACAACCAUUGAAGAGUAUAUAAUUGGCCCUGCAAAUGAGCUCCCUGAUGAACAGGAUUCAACUGCUGAAAAGGACAAGAUCAUGUUGUAUGGUCCACAACAAGGCCUCUCAUGGGUUGCACAGCCAGUUACAGGACCAAGUCUUCUUGGAAGUGCAUUUGGUCUCAUAUCACGCCAGGGAAGCAUUGUAAAUCAGAGCAUCCCUCUUAUGGAUCCUCUAGUUACUCUUUUUGGAAGUGUCCAUGGAAAGCUACCCGAAAUGGGAAGCAUGAGAAGUAUUUUGUUCCCCAAUUUCGGUAGCAUGUUUAGUGUGGUGGAGAAUCAUCCAAAAGCUGAGCAAUGGGAUGAGGAAAUUGGUCAUCAGGAUGGUGUGGAUUAUGUCUCUGAUGGUGCAGGAGGUGAUUCCGAUGAUAAUUUGCACACUCCAUUGCUCUCUCGCCAUGGAACAGGCAUGGAUGGGAAUGACAUGAUACAUAACAGCAGUCUUAUGCAGGAAAAUGUUGGUGAGGCAGUGAGUAGUAUGGGCAUAGGAGGUGGUUGGCAGUUAGCCUGGAAGUGGACUAACAGAGAGGCUGUAGACGGAACAAAAGAAGGAGGUUUCAAGAGGAUUUAUUUGCGCCAAGAAGGUGUUGUUGGGUCACAACAAGCUUCCCUUGUCUCAAUUCCUGGAGGCAACAUCCCAGAAGAAGGUGAAUAUGUUCAAGCUGCAGCAUUAGUAAGCCAACCUGCUCUGUUUUCGAAGGAAGUCAUGAGCCAGGAUCCAGCUGGGCCAGCAAUGGUUCAUCCAUCCAAGAUUGCUGCUGAAGGGCCAAUGUGGAGAGUUCUUUUUGAAGCAGGAGUCAGGCAUGCAUUAUUUGUUGGCAUUGGGAUACAAAUUCUUCAGCAGUUUGCUGGCAUUAAUGGGGUUCUUUAUUACACUCCGCAAAUUCUUGAGCAAGCUGGUGUUGAAGUUCUUCUUGCAAAUCUCGGAAUUGGUUCUGAUUCAGCAUCAAUACUUAUAAGUGCUCUUACGACUCUGUUGAUGCUCCCUUGCAUAGCUGUUGCUAUGAGGCUCAUGGAUGUCUCUGGAAGAAGGAGUCUUUUGUUGGCUACAAUUCCUGUUUUGAUCGUAUCACUUGUUGGUCUGGUCCUGACAAACCUUGUGGACCUCGGCUCUGUUGCUCAUGCCAUCUUCUCAACCAUAUGUGUUGUGGUUUACUUCUGUUGCUUUGUCAUGGGCUUUGGUCCUAUUCCCAACAUCCUUUGCUCUGAGAUUUUUCCAACUCGUGUACGUGGUGUGUGCAUAGCGAUAUGCUCCCUCACCUUCUGGUUUUGCGAUAUCAUUGUUACCUACAGCCUUCCCGUGAUGCUGAACACUAUUGGUCUUGCUGGGGUGUUUGGGAUCUAUGCUAUCGUCUGUGUCAUAGCAUUGGUAUUUGUCUUCCUCAAGAUUCCUGAAACAAAAGGCAUGCCCCUUGAAGUCAUCAUCGAGUUCUUCAAUGUUGGAUCCAAGCAAGUCGCCAAAACCUAAAUGAAAGAUGGAAACUGCAUCGGCAAAAGCAUCCCGGUGAAGAAGUGCACAAAUAAUACCAAGACCUUCCUUCCAGGCAUGUUAACAGUCGGUCAAUUUCUGUUCUUGUUGGCAUUGAGUUGACUAAAAGCAAAAAUCGGUUUCCUUUCACUGCAUUGUAUUCAGCCUUUCUUUUUUUUUUUUUUUCUAUGAAAUUUCUUGUAACACUCAAUAUGCAAAAUCUUGUUCUUUAAGAUGCAAGGAAAAUAAUCUGAUACAAAGAAUCAAAAAAAUCCAUACCGGUUUAUGA